AAAACUAUUCGUAUCAAUUCUCUAGUAGUCAACAAUGAACACUGGAUGGAGAAAAUAUUCAACUUUGAAUACUUGAACCUUGAGCGCGUUGUUUGGAAACACGGUGGUCCCGAUCUCCAUCCAGGAUCAAUAAUUUCUAAAACAGGUAGUUCGAAAAUAUUUAAUCGAAUAGGAUCAGGGGUAAUUGGCUCAGCGGUUUAUCUAUCUAUUUCAAUCGGUCAAUGGUCAACUAUCUCUCAAGCGGAAGUCCAAACAAUACUAGAAUGUUCUGUUAUAUGCCUACGCAGUAAAUACAGACACUCAAACAUUUUCAUUAUGUUCGACAGUCCAGCAGCGUUAGAGGCUUUAAAGUCUGCGACAUGCACAUCAAAACUUAUCUGGAAGUGUGUUCAAUCGCUCCAAACACUGGGUACAUUUAUAUUGGAUUCCUCGUCACUUUGCGAUUGUUGGAAAUGAAAGAGCCGAUGAACUGACAAGAAUUGAAGCCUCUCUUCACCUCAUAGGACCAGAAUCUUUCUGUGGUCAUUUGGCUUCCUCCCUUAGAAUGGAACUGAAUACAUGGGAAAUUCUGAAGGUGGAAUCCAACUGGACAAACAAAGGUCUAAUAUUUAACAGAGCAUUUUCCGAGCCGUUAUAAUUUGAACAAACCGUAACAAUCAACAAACCGUCGUUCGUUGUUAGGCCAGUGUUGCCAUUUGAAAAAUUUUAUGCUUUCGUAUACAAAUACAAAAUGAUUCAACAGACAGCAAUUCACUCAGCCCCACACUCCUCUACGAGGGUCAAUCAGUACAAGCAACAAAACUACACCGGCUGAUCGGGCCGAGAAAGUGCGCAGCCAGAAAAUAUUGCGUUUUCCGCAUGUUAAUUUCGCUCUACUUUGCUAUUUUGGUCAUAAUUUUCAACGUCAGCUAGUGUGUAGGAUUCGUCGAUUCCGUGAUACGAACGAAAAAGUAUAGAGAACAAUACAAAAAGAUUUCGCCAUGUGUAGCAGUUCUUGUCCGAUAUGAAUGCUGUCAUCAACCGAGUUUUCCCGUAUUGUCACGCGAAAUCUGAUGUCGAAGUUUUCUAGGAAUUGGCAAACAUUUCCACAGGCAGCAGCAGGGAUGAAAGCGAAAAUAUUUACCUUCAACGAAGCACGUUAUAUUUUUUUCCUGCACUUUUUCACCGAGUAACCAGGCGGUUAGAGGGGGGAUUGAUGAUAUUACCUUUUUACUAUUUUUCACUGAAUCGAGCAGUUGCGCAUUUUUUUGAACUAACUGCUCGGUGCAGACUGGUUUUAAUUUUUGGUAAAAAUCCCAUGAUAUGCUGUCGCAUCAUGUUGAGUAAUUAGUAAACUGACUUUUUAUAAGUAACCAUCUGUCAGCGGAGACAGGCUUUAGAUGUAAUAUAACUAAGCCGUCAUGCUGUCUGUCUUUCGUUUGACGCCGAUUUUUGGUUGUAAUUAGUACUUUACAUUACUACACGAUUUUUGACUACAUUUGAAUUUCGAGAUAAGGACAUAUCACAAGACGUUAAUUACAUCAGAUGUAAAGGAUACAUUUGAUAACUUAAGCUUUUCGUAGUUCAGAGCUGAAUAGAGCACAUACUGAGCAAUGCGAGUCUGUUCAACAUGAACACUAAUUCGCAUCGACAACGACAAUGUACAGUCUCAAUCGUAUCCCGACCAUUGUCCUCUUUCUUUUAAAGCUACCCGCUUAGUCGCUUGGUUGCUCUUGUAGCUGUGAAAAGUUUACACGCGCGAGCCGUUUAGUAUAUAUAAAAGAAUAAAAAAAGCAGGUCAUCAAAUUGGUUUCAAAGUACAGCGAGAUUUCCUUACAACGCAAUACCGAGAGAGAAUCUUUUGUUUUAUUAAUUCACCGGAGAUCGUGAAAAAAAAACUGUUGAAGGGGAAGCAGAAAAGGCUCAUAUGUCUGCCAGAAACCAGUAAAGCCAAUUCGGGCACAUACAAAAGAGGAUCAGUGAUACACCUUCGAGCUACCAAUAUAAAUAAAGUUCUGCCACACACACGCAAACAUGGACAGAAGAGGACGCGUCAUUACAAUGCCGGCCGAGUGUGCCGCCAACCCGCUCCAGCGGGCUCUAGCCGAUGCGAUCAUUCGCAUGGUACCGAUGGAUGAGCUGCGCAUACUGCUAGCCUGUGGAGCCAAAGUCAACGAGCAAGUAACGCAAGGAUUGCGGCCCAUGCACUACGCCGUUUGGCAGAAUAAUGAAGCGGCCGUGAAUCUGCUGUUGGUGCGUAACGCCGAUAUUAACGCAAUCGAUGAAGUUGGAUACAGCGCUCUGCAUCUUGCGGCGGAGCAUGGUUACUACAAUUUGGCCAAAAUCCUGCUGAAUUCAGGCUGUAAAGUAGACUACAGAGAGCCCACCGAUGAUCCCUAUCCAAGGACUACGCUGUGCGAUGAGCCGUUACGAUUGGCACUUCGUAAUCGUCACUACGAUGUGGCUCGCCUCUUGCUAGAACGUGGAGCCGAUCCCAAUAAAAGAUAUUUCUUCGGGUCGGAAAUCAAUUUGGCUACAGACGUAGAAAGCCUGGAAUUGUUGCUCACCUUUGGAGCAAACACGGAAGCCCGAGAUCGCUCGGGAAUAACGCCACUCAUGAGAGCUGUGCGUACCAACGGUAAUAUCGAUUCCGUUCUACUGCUUUUGCAAUACGGAGCUGAUGUGAAUGCCAUGACAGACGCUAGGAACGAUUACCGAACCGUACUUCAUUAUGCUGUGCUAUCAGGUCUUAGACUAUUUGGCGGAAAUGCUUCCUUGGUCACACUACUCAUCAAGCAAGGCGCUCGAGUAGACAUUCCAGCCCCUCUGCCAGAACCAGAUUCGCCAAGCCCACUAGAUUUAGCCGUACUCCGCGGUGAUCCAGCCUUGGUACGAAUACUACUGGAAAAUGGAGCUAACGUUAAUCGAUGCAGUCCAAUUAUCGGGUCACCCCUGCACGUGGCAUGCGCGGACAACAUCCCACACAGAGUUGAAAUCAUGAAGAUGCUCUUGUCCUACGGUGCCGACCCUAAUGUCCGUGUCGUUGGAGAUAUCGCCACUAAUGCCAUUCUGAGGCCCCCACUAGCCGAACUUAUAGCCAGCAAUGAGGUUGUAACCCCUGAGGAACUACAUCUACUUCUGAAAUAUGGUGCGAGGGUGAUCCUCAAAACACAGUUCCGUGACCCAGAUGGUCUACUCAAUUGCCUCGGUAACAUGGAUCCAGAGUCACCGUCGUUCCAACUCAUUUUGGAUGCUGCCGAAGAAUUCGAUCCGUGCAUGAUACGCCGCAAUCGGGAUCUUAACGACAAUCAGCGGGUUUUAUUGUUAAACCGUGCCACCAACCCUAUUCCACUGAAGUCACGACUACGGGCUCACUUUAGACGGAUGUUCGGUCGCAACCUGCCCGAAUUUGUACCCAGUUUAUUUAUCCCCAGGGAACUGCAAAGCUAUCUGCUAUAUGAACAUAGUUUCUGAGCUUUUACUUUGGUUUGGAUAACACGUAAUAAGUAAUCGAAAAGGUACAAACAUACUAUUUUUUGUAAACUUAACUGCAAAAUUAUGAAACAGGAAAAUUCCUUCGAUUUGGAUCGACAACGCACUAAAGUUACAGUGCAAAAUGUCAGCAAUAAUCACUCGAUAAGACUUUUUAUUGGCUCACGAAUUAAUUUUCGUGAAAGAAAAUAUAAUAAUGAUACGACGUAAACUAUAAUAGUUGCUACAUUGAAUUCUAUGGAAAAUCUUCGACUACCUUUGGACCAUAGAGUUUGAAACCAAUUCACUGCCACUUUUCUCAAACGGAUGGUUAGUAGAUGGUCACUGAAGUUGAACCAUGCAACAAAUCCCUAGCCUUUCGGUGAGACCGUGUGGUUUAAAAAACUGUACUCUAAACUGAUAUUUAUCGAAAACUUAUGGAUUUUAGAAACGAACGCUUAGCAUAUAUGUUCUUAUAGCCUUAGCCAGAAAAUAUUGUAAUCAAGAUGAUAUUCUUGCAGACUUUGAAACUUGUUGGUGAUAUGUAUAAUCAUGUAAAAGUAUGAUUCUCAAUAAAACUAUGUAACGUAAAAA